AUGUGGGAAAGUAAGCAGAUUUUACUUUUCUUUCUUGCCAUUGCAGCGGUUUUGAUCGGAUUGUGCCCAUGUCGAGGGAAAUCUAGCACGAAUUUGGAUUUAUACAGUCAUCUUUUGAACCCAUCUAGAUAUAACCCUGCCAUUAUACCUGGAUGUAAGGGUAAUGAAAAGAUAACUGUUCAGAUUGGAAUGGCGUUAAGAGAUAUUGUAGAAAUUAAUGAAAAACAACAGUUGAUCCGCCUGAAAGUAUGGGUUCGUUUGACAUGGAAAGACUGCAUGCUUCAAUGGGAUCCGCUACAGUUUCAGAAUCAGACCGAGUUAGUUGUUCCCUAUCAAAAAAUUUGGAUCCCGGAUAUAACCCUGUAUGAAGGAGUCAGUGAUGAAGGGAAUAUGCCCGAUAUGGACGAUUACAGAGGGAGCAUAAGUCACACUGGGGAUGUGACGUAUAAUUUCCCAAGUAUUGUGACAAUUGUUUGCCAAUUCAAUGUGGCGUACUUUCCUUUUGACCAUCAACUGUGCAGCAUGAAGUUCGGCUCUUGGAUGUAUACAGGAAAAAACAUCGAUUUAGAAAGAAUGAAAAAUGAAGUGGAUAUUUCUAGUUUCCGCAACCAUAAUGAAUGGGACAUUGUUGACACAGUCGCAGUUAGACACAAUAUUUACUACGGAUGCUGCCCUGACCCGUAUCCUGAUAUCACAUUUCAUAUUCAUAUAAGAAGAAAACCAUUAUUUUAUGUGAUAACCAUCAUUUUUCCUUGUUUUCUGAUAAAUGUGUUGACUUUCAUGGGAUUUGUACUUCCGCCAUUUGCUCCAGAGAAGAUAUCUUUACAGAUAACCGUUCUUCUAUCCACAACAGUGUUUCUCUUACUUGUCCAGGACAAAUUCCCCUCGGCCUCGGAAAACUUCCCCCUUCUUGCCUUGUACUUUGCAAUAUGCAUGGUACUCGUGUGCAUUUCGUGCGUGCUGUCCAGUAUAGUUUUGCACGUGUAUAAUAGAUCUCCCGAAGAAUACCCAAUUUCUCCUUUCGCUCGCUCAAUCUUUUUUGACAAAUUUCGAAAAAUCAUGUGUGUGAAAUCCGAUAUGGUUCUAAAUGAUGAUAAGCUUGUUCAGAUAAAAGGCAUUCAUUGCUUAGAAACGGGACAGUCCCUACCCAGGGAAAAAUGCGUUGAGAUACAUAAAGGGAGGAAAUCGUAUAAGGGGGCAAAACUCUCCUCUAAUAAAUGCGGAAUUCCAGAAUAUCCCCCCGAAAUUAAAAAUAAAUCUCACAAUGACCACGAUAAGUGUCACAUAAACAAUGAGUGGGAACUCUUUGCUUAUGUUUUAGAUCGAUUCUUUCUGUUGAUUUAUCUGUGUCUGGCUUUGGCCAACAGUACUGUUUUCGUCUCAGUUAUGAUGAACUAUGAUGGAAAAGACAUUCCAAUGGAUUGA